GCAUUGCAGAAUUCAGGUUUUUGAAUUUGGUUUGGUUGUUUGGUAUCCAAUUAGACAAAUGCUAUAAACUUUAGUGGUGCUUAUUGUGCAAAAUUCAUUCAGAGAAGACAUUUCAUCAAAUUACUUGUACCAUUUUGUGUUUUGUGAUAUUACUUACAUGUGGAAGUUUUAAUAAUAAUCUGCAAUGGCUCACUCUCCCCCAGAGGAAGUUUGGAACUCUUUUAAGGAACUUAAAACCAUAGUAUGGGGCUACUUAAAUCAAAAACCAGAGUCAAAUCUGCCUUUGGCUGAGUUGGAAAAUAUUUUAAUGCUGCAUAAGCAGACUUUUACAUACCUUUUGCAAAGUGGUGGAAAGAACCCAAAGAAAAGAGAGGAACUUAAAAAUGGGAUGUUGGAGGGCAUCAAUACUAGAGGCAUGGGGCAGCAGUUGUUAACGAAAGAAUUAUUUCAAGAAGCUAUUGUCAUAUCAGAUAUGUUUGAUAUGAAUGAGUCAAUAGCUCUGGAUUUGUUAUGUAUUGCUCAGCUACAGCUGCCUUUUUACCCUGGCUUAACAAGAGGUUUAGUAGCAGUUUUGUUGUAUUAUGAUGGCAGAAAGGCUUUACUAACAACCUUACUUUAUUUAGUGCAGGCAAGAAGUGGAUUACAUUGGACCGUUUGUGCUAAACCCGAAGUGACACAAUUUGCCACUGAUUAUACUAAUCAACUAUUAGAAGGUGGUUUAUUUUAUAGGAUUUUUGAACUCCUAAGAACCUUGGAUUUAAGUAAGGAAAUUGAAAAACUGCAAGAUAAUUUAGCACUUGGUGAUCCUAAACACAGACGCCAAGUUACAGAUCUUUUUAAUGACAUUCGAUUUCUUUUGGCGGAUAUUGUAUUUUCUUGGUCUAUUCAAUGUGGACUUCCUAUAGAACCUACAUUAGCUCUUAUAAAUUAUUUAAGGCAUGUGACAAUUGAGUCCGUAGCUACAGGGUCUAUUGAUGAUGUCGCUUUGUAUUUAGAGAUGGCUUUACUGUCAACUAUAGAUUUAAGUAUUUUCCAUACAAGAGAAGAUGGAGAAGAAGCAGUUCAAUCUCUGCCGAUUCUAAAAGAUACUAAAUACCUCUUUGCAGUUGUUAACGAAUUUAUGCCCUCUAAACCUAAAUGGGCAUGUGAAGGUCUACAAAGUUUAUCAAUGUUUGGCUUGUCCGUCUGCUUAGCAUCGUUAAGAGUCCUUCCACAAAACUAUCAAUUUCAAGAUUGCAUAAAUAAAGAAGAUAUCCUAGUUGAUGCUGCCAUAGAGGCGAAUGUUUUUACUUUUAUUCAUAACGUAAUACUUGAGAACUCCAAACUUUUUAAAGAACCAUUCUUAUACAAAAGAAUGCACAAUCUUUUAACAGAUUUUGUUGUUUAUAUGUACCCUAAAGCAAAAGACUUGCGAAUGAAAGCAAAUGAGGUCAGCAGAACUUUGCAGGUGUAUACUAGGGAAGGUUUGGAAGCGCCUGCAAACCUACCAAGAUAUUUUGAGGAUCUUUUACUCUCUAUAGGCAAGUUUUAUGCAAAUAACAAUAUUGAUCCCGAGUAUACUGUAAUGUGGUACAGUCUAAUGGAAGUAAAUCCAAGGCAUAAUUUGAGAGUUCCACCUAGAUCGGUAGCUCUUUUUAAGUUUGUUAAACUUGCAGGUGACAUGUUACCUUCCAAUUUAUUUGUACCAUUUUUAAAAAUGCUUAGUGGACUUUCAUCAAAUAAGGCGGCUGCUAGAAACUGCUUCAACAUUUUAAAGCAAUCGGGUACUUGCUUCCCAAAGGCUUUGAGCUGGGACCACUUCUUUUUAUCGUUGGCUCAGUAUCAUAACAAUUUAAGACAAGAAACCCCACCAACUACAGACACAGUAUACCGAAUGAGAGCUGGGUAUCAUAAAGGUGUUAGUCCGCAAGAAUUAGAAGGUCUACACACAGUCCUUCUUUUAAUAAGAACCGUUGCUGAAAAUGAUCCAUUUUCCAGAUUGGCUUUAUGGGAACAUCCUGUUUGGACUCCGAUAACAACAAUUUUAGGUCUUGUUAGCUGUUCAGUGCCAAUUUAUCUUAAAGCAGACCUUCUUCUGACAUUAGCGGCACUCUCAAAAUCGAAGGAAACCGCUAAUCAAAUGUGGGAGUUAUUAGAAGCUUCACAAAUAUUGAUUACUAUACCUACGACCUCUAGUUAUGUACCCAGAGGGAUUCAAACUGAACUAGAUGAAAGAGAAUCAAGAAAAGAAGAAUAUCCAUUAACAAGAGCCGUUUUAACAUUAUUAGAUACUUUAACUAGCCAUGGUAUACCUAGAACGUUAGGGGCAGGGCCAAGAAAACCUGGGUUUUACCCAUAUUUUUCUUUUAUCGUAAAUUCAGUAUUCCUUAAGUACAAUGCAAGGUCAUACCGAGAUGGCGCAGAGAAGUGGGAUGUGGCGUUAAAAUGUCUUUUAUUAUUUGAAAAGUUUUUGAAAAAGUAUGAGCCAAAGAUUGCUGAUUUUCCAAAGCGUCCGAGAGAAGUGAAAUCGACUAGUCCAGCAGGUUAUAACCUAAUGUUGCAGUUAAAUAAUAAAACGGAAACAUUAAAUUUAAUUUUGGAUAUUAUCGAUGAAGGAACUCGUUACUUCGAUACUUAUGUACAAUUUACUGGGCAAGAAAAAGUUGCGGAGUGUACGCUGGCAGCGCUAAAUAUUUUAAACAGGGCUCUAGCAUUACAGUUGAAGUUUUUCAGUACUAUGGCAAUGGCGUCGUCUAGUCUUAACGUAAUUGGGCUUAACAAACUGCUACUGUCAAUAAACAGGAAAACGGGAAAACCCGAUCAUUGCAUUAAUAUUGCCAAAUAUAUUAGCUAUGAGCAAUAUUUUCCGCAACAUGCAGUAGCAUCUGUAAAAGUAAUUGGACAUGUUACGAACUCCGCUACUAAUCAUUUGCAGUUUUUGAACAUACUUUGCGCCAUGGAAGAGGAGCAGACUAUUAUUAAAAAUGCUUUUUGUCAGUGUCUAGAUUCAAAUAAUGAUGAUGUUGACGUUAUUAACUCUGCCAAAAGGGAAAUCCUUAAGCUACUUAAGCAAUGCUUAGUUUACCCCGUUCCCAAUUUAUCUUAUUUUCUUCUUGGUUUCGACCUAAAGCGCGAUAUUUCUAAAACCGAAUUUCAGUAUCCAGGGGUUCUGGGUUUCCCAAGAACUUGCCUUCAUGCAGUUCUUUCAAUACUCGAUUCUGUCGUAGCAAAAAAUUUAGAAUCGCCGCCUUUGGUGUUGGCCGAAAUGGCGUAUCACUUGCUUUACUUGCUGGCAGCUAAUACUAAAACUAGUGGACCAGUGUUAAGGUUCGUGAGGCUCAAUAAGCAAUUUUUCCCCUCACAUCUGAAAAGAUGUGAAAAAGUGCUGACAAAAGGGCCAAAACAUCUUUUGGAGUUGUCCUGGCUAUUAAAAACCUUAGCAGUAGAACUGCAAUUGGCUAGUACAAUGAAGCUGAUUAACUAUGUAAAGCAGCUAACCCAAUUUCUUGGAAAUGUUCCUGCAAUCGAUACGAAUCAAAGAACAAUGUUUUUGCAACAAAUUUUGAAAAUUGAUUUUAACACUUUUGAAGUGGCACCCAAUGUAUGCACAUCGCCACCUAAAUCGCCGGCUAAAGGUAAAAAGCCACUUCCGUCAAAAGAAAAAAAGCAGACGGAUUUCCAAAUAGCUUUAACAGAGUUCAUUGAUUCUUGGAGGCUAGUUGUGGAAGUUUUAGUUUGUUUUAUACCUUCAGAAAUAUUGGACCCGAAGGAUCAACAGGUUUUUAGUAUCCACAUGCUUUUUGCGCUUUUGCAAAAAGUUGGAGCAGGUCACAUAUCUCCUGGGAUUGCUAGGCUGUUUUCUGGUUCCACUCUAUUAAUGAUGAAUAACAUUAAAAGAAACUAUUUAAAAGAGAAGAGAUCUAUGAAUGUAUUAUCUUAUCAUCUCGGAAAUUUAAAAGAAAUUCUAAAUCUUCUAGUAAAGUGGAUCAUACAUUGUGAUGUAAUAGAUGAAGAGCUCCGAAUUAAUCUGUAUGCUGCUUUACUCACGUUUUUGCAGCUUGGUAGUAUUGAACCAGUAAAUGCAGAAGCUUCAGAUCAAAACUCAAGUUUAUAUGUUAGUCGUUUAGAUGAUUCUUGCAAUACUAUUCAAGGUGCAGGUCGUCACUUAAAAUUUUUAACAGACAUUUUAAGAAAUUUUGGGGAAAAACUGAUGGAAACAUUAUGCAAUGAUUGUAUUGGGGGACAAGAAGUCUGCAAAAUGUUGUCAAUGUCUUGCGUUAGCCAUUUAAUGGGGCUGUCUGAUAAUAUUAAUUGGAUUUUGUACCUUUCUGGAAAGGGGUACUUAAAACAUAUUAUCCUUAGCAUAUACGAAAGCGACCAUGACCUUCGCAUUAUGCUGGAGUCAAAUUCUGGAAACAUGAAAGCUUUGUAUCUUUAUUUUUCUAAGAUGAUUCUGGUAACUAAACUUGCAGGUACAAAACUGGGAACAGAAUUUAUUUUGGAGCAGAAAUUACUUGGCGUAUUUAGCAAUAUGACGGUAUUCCAGAACCAUCCAGAAAUUAUUAAAGAAGUGGACGAGCAGAAUGUUCUUGAAAUCUUACCACCUCCAGAACAGCAGUAUUUACAAAUAUUCAUGCCCUCUUUGCAUCUUUGUAAUGCCAUUCUAACGACGUUGGGCACUGAGAAUCAAUCUGCUGUUGCUCAAAUCAUGUAUUUUAUUUUGAGUCAUUUAGACGUUAUCGAGUUAAUUCUUAGAUCGGGACACCCAGAUUUAUCAACAACAUCUCUAAAGGAAUUGGCAUUAUUAACUUCAGUAAUUUCAAGAAUUGCAAGUAAUGAUUUAAUUGGUAUUUUAGAAAACCCAAAUAUCUUACAAAGUAACAGGGCACAAAUGAACCGAAUCCAGCGGCUCAUGCUUAAUCUUAUCCCUAAAUUUUUUUUGAAUGAAGAUAAUAUUAAAAGGCUAUUAUGUAGCAAUGGCGAUAAGAAUACAUUUCAGACCUCGGACAGGUUAUUAUUUGCUAUGCAAAUAGCAUCUAACGCACUUUGGUAUGCUAAAAAUGUCGUUUAUAAUAAAGAUGUUGACUGUGAAGCUGAGGUUUGCAUAAUUUUUGCGCCAACUUUAUACGACCCCAAGCUCAAUUUCCAAAAUUCUACCAUAUAUGGGGAGGACGAAGCUAGCCUUGGCAUUGUGGUACAACAGUUGCUUAACGCAGUUACUUACCUGCAUGAAGGUAAAAUAACUCUGGAGUUGCUUAAAAGAAAAAUAAGGGAAAUUCCAGAAAUGAAUUCUAUGGAUCUCAAAGAGUUUUUGGAUGAAAAUAUGGAAAUGUAUGAUAUUUUGGUCAAAAGGGAGAUAGCACUUGAACUUGCUUCUGAGUACUUUGCAAAAAAAAAAAAGGAAUUGGAUUAUUGUACCUUUAUAAUCGAAAACGCGCUUUAUCUCAUAUGGACACAUUUAGAUUACUUCAUGCUUCGGGCUGUUCCUAAUCUCAGGAAUAACACGUACAUUAAUCCAGGACAUACUUUUCAACGUGCUGAUGUUUCAGUUUCUAUGUCAGUGUCUCCAGAUUUGGGUUAUCCGAGGAUGUCGUCAGAAGUUAUAAAUAACCUAAAACAGGGACUUGUACCAUUGUUUAAUGACAGUUUUAGUAAACAGAUUUUGGAAGCUGCGCAGGAUCGCUCCGAACUAGAUAAGGAAUUCAUCGAAGUGCUCCUUAGAAAAAUUAAAAGACUUAUGCAGUUUGUAUGUACAACAUAAUUUUUGUUCAUUUUUUAUAAUAUUAUGUACUUUAUUUUUUUGUAAAAGUCUGUGUUUUUAAAUAAAUCUUUUCGAGUCA